AUGUUUCAAAUACAAAGAUAUGACUCUGAAGAAGAAUCGACGCAGGAUGCUUCCAAUGCUGGAAAUGAACUGUUAACAAAAAUCAAUGAACGCGUUCAACUCAAGAGAAAGAGAACAAAAAAACACGAACAAACAACGGCGCGUGUUGAAAACGUUAAGGAAUACGAAAUUCAUGAUACUACCGAGGAAAUUCCGGAUGAACAUAAUUCGCCUCGGGAGUCAAAUUCGAAUGAACAAGAAGAAGAAGAUAAUUAUAAAGAUAAACACCCUCUUGUGAAUCCUAAUUCGCAAAAUUCUACCGAGGAUCUUGAAGAACACGAUGUGUUACUUACCCUUCCCGAAUUCGAACAACCGGAACGGACGCCGCAAGAAACAGCGUCCGUUAAAUUACUAGGGAUACCGGAUUGGCUAGCUCAUCCUAUCACCAUUGAACCGGAUGUGACCUUAACAAUCGACCACCCCUCUCUGAGAUUAUCGGAACGACUGGUUAAGCGUUCACUUUGUUUCACAAAAUCAGUAGAUUCUGCCCGUAGACUUGCUAAAUUGAUUCAAUUAUUUGAAAAUUUGUACGCGCAAACGGAUGACCCCACCUCAACGGAUACAAGCGCAGACAAAGCAACAAAUCAGAAAGGUGGAAAAUUAGUGAUUACGGCAGCCGAGUAUUCCAGCGACUUAUCUCAGGAAAAGAGAAAAAAUAUUCUUAGAAAGUUCAAGCGCGGCGAGAUUAGAUUGUUGGCAAAUUACUUCAAAGGAAUGCUAACAAAAGCUGGGCACAUGGAUAAAGUUAAAAACAUCAAAAUAAAUCUGGCAAAGUUGAAUCCUUUGAGGGAAACUUAUAAGGAAAGCGAGCGUUUAGUGACUUCAUCUAAUGUUCACGUCCCCACGUCGGAAAUUUCCAGCAUA